GAUACAUACGUUUCUGUCUCUCCAUCUUUCUAAUCAUGUGGGUCUUUGCAUCUCUCUCCCUUAAGCACCCCCAUUGCUUUUCUUCUGGUUUUCUCUAACGCUGAUUCUUGGCAACACCGGAAUCCCAUUUUCGCUGUCUCUUCUUUUCUUUACCUUUGCAUCACAUUUCUAUAACCAUUAUACAAUCGUUCUCUUUCUCCAUCAACCCCCAUCUUUCAUCUUCUUCUUUUUCUUUUCUCCAAAACUCUUGGUGUUCAACAUGUUUGACGGAUUGUUGAAGUCGAAAUUCUACUCCAAAUGCAAAUCAAAUAUCAAUCUGUUGAAGAAGCGGCUGGAGGUGAUAAGGAAGAAGAAAGGCGUGGUGCUGAAGUAUUUGAAGAAUGAUAUUGCUGAUCUUCUUAGGAGUGGCCUUGACAUCAAUGCCUAUGGCAGGGCAGAAGGGCUUCUGGUCGAGCAAAACAUGUCAUCCUGUUACGAAUUCAUUGAAAAGUUCUGUGGGUGUAUCUCCACUCAUCUCUCUGCCAUGCAUAAACAGAGCGGUUGCCCUGAGGAGUGCAAGGAAGCUGUUCCAUCUUUGAUGUAUGCAGCCGCAAGAUUCUCUGAUUUGCCUGAGCUCCGAGACCUGAGAUCUAUGUUUACCGAGAGAUAUGGAAAUUCCCUUGAAUCUUAUAUAAAUAAAGAGUUUGUUGAGAGGUUGAGGUCAAAUCCUCCUACAAAGGAGGUGAAGAUUCAGUUACUGCAAGACAUAGCACAAGAAUCCAAUAUAGGAUGGAAUAGCAAGGGUUUAGAACAGAAAUUGUAUACUACUGCACCAAAACAAGACCAUCCUGAAUGUGUUUCUUUAAGCAAUAUUGAGGAUGAGAAAUGGCAGAAAAACAAGGAUGAUGCAGUCCCAGAAAGAGACAACCAGAAUGCUGGGAACAGACCGAGCAAUGGGAAGGGUUCUAUUACAAAAAGAAAGGAAAAUGACCGUAAUUUUCAUGGAAGAAAGGAUGACGUCAUUCAUGAUAGGCACAGGAUGCCUAGCAGUAGUGAAGAAGAGAGGACUAAAGAUAUAUCCCAAGAUGGCCUAAAAACUUCUUCAAGAACGGUUGGAAGUGUUUCUGCAGAUGAAGUAGAAAAGGAGACACCAUUUCACUAUAAACUUACCCCUCCACCUUACCUCAAAAAGAAGGCUGACAAAAACAAAAGCAGUCCAGAGGAACCCCCCACAAAAUUAGAAGUUAAUGUUGAUAUGGAAGCAGCUCAUCAACAUAUUGGUGGUCCUGUUGUUGAAGAUAAGCCAAAGCCAAGGUCGGUUAGGAGGAGAAACUUGAAACCACAGCCGGAUGCGGUUGAUAAUGAUCCAAGGGAUGCCGAGGAAAGGAAGCUAGAUGGCCAUCUGAUGCAAUACAAUAAGAAGCAGUCACCCUUAGAAGCCGGCAAAACAAAAACAUAUCUGAAACCUCCUCCUUCACAACAAAGAAGAGAUCACGAGUAUGAUGAAUAUAGUAGGAAUAGAAUGAAAUCUGAUUCGGAUGUUCCACCUGUUAGAACAGCAUCUUUUCCACUGGAACCAACUCUACCGGAGGCAACGAAAAAGCAUGUUCGAACCACUUCCUUACAACCAGAGAUGCUGAGCAUGGCAGGGCAUGUGCAUCCUAAGCUACCAGAGUAUGAUGAUUUGGCAGCUCGGAUUGCAGCUCUUAAGGGAAGAUGAAAGUAUUAGAUACUUAGAAACCAAUUCUUUCUAUUCUUUUUUUACAAAAAAAAAAAAAAAAAAUCUUAAAUUCUAUACAUUCUAAAUGUGUGAUACGGAUUUCUGUAGUUACUUUGAGUACAUUAGUUUGUGUAGGGCAUGCUCUACCAGUUUCUUCACAAGCUGACAUGCUGAACAUGUUGGUGCAUGCCCAUAUACUAAGCUACUAGAUUUGUAAUGAAUGUUCAUGAGCUUGGACUGCAACAGAAACUUUGGA